AUGAGAAUAACACAUUCUAUAUAAUUGAUUAUGGUAUAAGUAAGGUAUAUAACAGAAAAAAUGGAUAACAUUUGUAAAUUUAUAAUAUCAUAAGGCCUUUCAAAGAUCGAUAACCAUUUAUUGGAACUUCUCGAUAUGCUUCAAUAGCAGCUCAUAAAGGAAAUGAAAUAGGAAGAAAGGACGAUUUAGAAUCUUUAGUUUACAUCUUGUUAUAUUUUUAUUUUGGGUAAAAAUGAAGAUUUUCAUUGUUUCAGUAAAUUACCUUGGCAAAACAUUAAGCAAAUUCCAAGUGACUAAAAAAUACAAUAAGUUGGUGAUAUUAAAUAAAAGUAGACAGCUCAAUUAUUUAAAAAUUUACCUGAAGAACUUAAAAAAAUUUAUGAGUAAUUCAUUUAUAAAAUUAUAGAUAUUUACGUAAGCUUACAUAUGCCUCAGAACCAGAUUAUAAAUCUAUUGUUAAACUAUUUUAAUAAGCUGCUAAAAAUUCAAAGAUUAAAAUUGAUUAAAUUUAUGAUUGGGAUAUUCAAAAUACUGCUUAAACAGAAAUUUAUUCUCGUUAUGGAACAAUAUAAUUUGAUGAUAAUUUUCAAAUAGAUAAAUAUCCAUCUAAUUAAUUAAUGUAUAGAUUUAAUUAAUUUAUAGCAAUAUUAAAUAGCAUCACAUUAAUCCAAAUAAAAGAAAAACAUUUUGCCCUUCUCUAAUGAAAUAAAAUUUUGAUUAAAAUCUAAUUUAAAUUGAAAAAGAUUAAAGUGGUCAAAGUAGUAAUAGCAGCCCCUUUAAAAUUAAAGAUAAUAAUAUCUAUCCAUUAUCAAGAGAUGAAAUUAGUGAAGAUUCUGAAUACAUAAUUCCAGAAGAAUACUUAUAAAAUAAUUAAGGUUUAAGGGUGAGAACCUUACCUGAUUAUUUGAAAAAACCAAAAAUUAAAUAAAAAUAAACUCAAACUGUUGUUUUUGAUGAAGAUUUGCUCUUAGAUUCCGAUACCCAUUUAGUCGAUAAUUAUAAAAAAUUAUAAUCAUUGAGUAAGUAAAUUACUUCUAUUUUUCAUAAUAAAUAAAAGUGA